AUGAAUCAAUGUUUUGCACAAAUUCCACAAAUCAAAGGUGUCGUUUUUGUGAUGGGUGGUGUGCUAAAAGAUGCAAAUUCGGUGAAUGAUCAUAAAAUAAUUGAAUUAUUUGUUUUAUGGAAUGAGAUGUAUAUGAAAAGUUGUGAAGAAGAACCAACAGAAAGUUCCUUGGCUGAAUUUAAAGUAAAAAAAUCAUCUAAAGAAAAUAAACAAGCAUCAAAUUUAUCAAUGCAAUUCAAGGCUGGACUGGAAAAUCCAAAUUUCAUUAAUCCAUUUCAAGAAAUAGGAAUUGAUGUAAAUAAUUUAUCACUAUUUAAAGAAAUUACAUCUUCUAGAUAG